AUGGUAGAGAGUCCAUUGGAGAUAAAGAAUAUUCAUCAAGCACGCGACACAUCAGCGAAAGCCAUUCAAUUUCAGAAGGAUCAUCAAAAAGACUGGGUACAUGGUAUUCCGAGCACUCGUUCACUUAUCACAUAUACAUCCCUUUCCAGUUCAGAAAGAGGCUCGGGAAAUGAGGCUUACCUAGUUCCCGGCUUAACUUUCUCAGACAUUGGCUUAACCGAAAAUACGAGACAUUCAUCCUUGGAUCCCACGAACGACCCAGAUAUUCAGGAUCCGCUGGAUAAGACAGGUGGCACGCUUCAGAGUGACGACUUCGAGUCUCCGUUUUCUGGCUUACUUCAUGUGCCCUCUUUUUCUUUCACGCGGCCUGAGAAUGUUAAGCCACAUACUGAUGUCAGUCAGUAUAUUCAUCAGUCUCAUUUCGAGGUGGGAGAGGUGACAUAUUUCUUUGGAGGUUUACAAUCUGAUCCCUUGAGAGCAUUGAAGAAUCUAGGAAUACCCCGUUCGACAGAUCCUUCGCUUAUCUCUGUGCAUUUUCCAUGUGACAUGCCACCAUACGUCAACAAAGAAGUGCUCAUGUCACCGUUCAUUGUUCGUAACCCGUGUUUCUUUCUUUUCAAUCCAACAAGAAGUACAGUACACGACUACUCCAAACCCUGCUCGGAUGAUUUUGAACCAGGCCAUGUUUGUGAUAUGAAAGGGACUCAGAUCUCUGACUUCCAGGUCUUUUUCUGUGGAGGCUUCAAGAUAGACGUGGAAAAGGUCGAAUUUAGCAAAAGUGUUGGUAGGUGGAUCAUUGAAAAGAGCAUCUCAACAAACGACGAUGCUUUCAUACUAGAUGUUCGCAAAUUAUCUUUCACCAAGAUUUCCCUUAUAACAAGACUGGAACUAAAAUAUUCUGGACGAAUUGGUGCAGCAAUAUGUUCGAACUUUUCGACUGAAAGACCGGGUCACAAAGCUAGUCAAUUCGGCUCUCAUCCUCAGUCAUUAACAGACUCAAAUUAUUGUACCUCGGGAUGCAAUUCUACAAGGUUUGAUUCGCAGCAGACGGCAUCGCUGUCGUUUCCAUUGUCUCCCUUCUCUCUGGUCUCCUUCGCUCAACCGAAUGUAUCACAUUCAUAUGAGGAGCAGAAGUUGGAUUGUCAAACCUCUGCUGACUCAUUUUCGUCUAGGUACUCGACAACGCCUCAGAUGUCAUUUGAUACCAAGAGUUUCGAGGAAUCGUCCCAUCACAAAAUGUCUGGUGAGAGUAGUUUUGCAGGGCAUACUACGUCGCCUGUCACGCAUUCCGACAUGAUCGAUGAUGAAUCUGAUGUUCUACAAAAAAGGGAUUCAGGUGAAUCAUCUAUCACAAGCCACAAAGCACUGAAUAUUACUGAUGAUACCCAGCUAGAUAGUAGACAUGUUCGACUUGAUUUGAAGCAAGAACACAAAUUACCAGAUGCAUUACUUUCAUCCAGUUACAGAGUUCCGUCUAUGAUAGCAAAAUCUAGCCGAUUUUUCCACAGGAGCCUGUCGAAGCAAUCAUCAAAAGUUAAUCAUCAAAAUGUUCAUCGUUCAUCAACUCAUGCCAAGCAGCACAGAAUAAUGGCUCCUUUGACUACACAUGAUAUCAAUUCUGCAACGAAACCCGAAUCUUUUAAGUCUCCGAUUACGGCAGCUGACAAAAAUGAUAUGGAUCAUAUCGAUUCCUGUCGGUCAUCCAAACACAAAUCAAAACAUCAACAUCAUAUGAAUGGGAAUGGAAAUCUAAAGGGCAAGAAGCCGGCGCGGGCAACCGACACAUUACUGCUUAGUGACGAACAUACAGACAAUUCUCAUAAGGCAAAAAAGGAUAAAUUUAUUAUCUUCAAUCCUGAAAUGCAAAAGAAUGAUCAGAAGCCCGGUAUUUCCUCAAUCUGCGUCUAUUUGUUUGGUGGAUUCUUUCUCGAGGUCAAGUCUGAUGGGCGCCGCGGUUUCACAGCUACGAACGAGCUACUCAAGUUGGAAUUGAUCCUCAAUGACAAUCAGGCCUCUGACUUUCAUCGUGAGGCCUUGAUUGAUACUAUACAUCCUCGCAAUGAUACUAUUCCAGGUCCGAGAGGCUAUUUCGCACAUAUAUUGACGUCGGCAAAUCUUUCAAAUGAGGUGUGCAAUAUUUUUGGGCCAGAACGCAGAACACAAUUAAAUUACGAUCAAAUUGACCCGUCUAUGCCCGUGAACAAUUCUGAUGCCUUCUCUGAUAGUGAUGGGUCAAUCCAAACAGAUGAACUGGACCUGAGCUGUGAAAGAGAUGAUAGUAUACAUUUAAUUAUUCACGGGGGUGUGGAUAGUGAUCAUCAGGUCUUUGGAGAUUGCUUCUACUUCAAUUUUGAUAAAGAAUGUUGGGUGUCGCUAGACACAUAUGCAUUUGAUUACUACGAAAUACCAAAAAAACCUUUUGAAGACGAGGACAGCGAGAAACUUCAACUAGAUGCUCAAGUUGAAAACCCCAAGCUAGUUGAAGCCGAGCUACGCUGUUGUCAUCAUAAAGCCAUGGUUUAUUGGGAAGGUGAUAAGGAAUAUGUGGCAUUUGUUGGGGGAUUUAACAAUGACUUCUUAAGACAUUAUGAUCGCGUGCCGUAUGAGAGUCUGAAGUUUGAUGUGUCACGCUUGGCAAAAUUGCUGGUCUCUUCUGUGAACCCCAAUUUACUUCGAAUACCAGUGUUAAAUCUCCGAUCUCAAGUCUGGAAAUUCAAGCGAUAUUUUUAUGAUCUCACCGAACUGGCCAAACCUGGAUUCAUGGAAUUGCUAAAGCACGACUGCAUGAGAAACUCGAAUUUAGCCAUCAAUGGUGGAGGUAUACUGAUUAUUGGAAAGCAGUUAACGAUCUGCCACGGUCUCGUUCAAUUUGUUCCUCAGAAGGCCUCAGACUUUGAGACGAUUCAACGGCUUCUAGAAAAUUCUUCAAUUCUCAUGGGCGGCCAUUUUCAUCUAACUUUCCCAGGUAUGUAA